UUCUGAAAUGUCAACAUCUUCGGAUAGCAGUGGUGCUGUGUUGUAUACUAGGAAAGAAGUCAGUGUCCAUGAUGAAGUUUGGGAUGACACUGAGUUGAUCAAAAUGUAUGAAAAAUCUACGGCCAAGACUUAUGAAAAAUUGCAAAAUAACUUUAACAAUAAAAACAACACUUCAAAAAAUUCUGGGUCAAAAAUUAAGUGGAAGAUUGGUGAUCAUUGUAUGGCGCCAUAUGAGGAUGAUGGUAGAUGGUAUCCGGCCAAAAUUGAAUCGAUCAAUAUUGCUAAAGGAAAUUGUUUAGUUAUUUUUGAUGGUUACAACACAAAGGCUACAGUUAAAUUGGAUUCGCUUAUGACGGAGGAGGAUGUUGAAUGGGUUAGCGAUGAAGCAGACCAAGAAGAGAAUGACCGCAAAAAAAGCGAUGACAAGACUACUGAUCUUGAACCUCCUUCGACCACAAAAAAUAAUGAAAAGACAAACAAGGCGAAUAUUGGGAGUAUUUUUCCGAUUCCCGAUCUUUGUCCUCCUCCACCCGACUAUUUAAUUAAUAAGGUUUCUGCUGCUGGAACAGAUAGAGAGGCAUUAACUAAUGCAUUGAUGAGUUGGUAUAUGGCUGGGUAUCAUACAGGAUUCUACCAAGGAUUGAUUGCUCAAAGGACGGAAAACCCCAAGAAUCCAACAAGUGGGACGAAAAAGAAUGAGAAGAUCUAA